UGUCAUUCCCUCCACUCCAUUCAAGCUAAAACGGGUUGGAUUUCUAUGCAAUGCAGGGAAAGGGAAAUGGGUUUGUGGACUUUACUAGAGGGGUUACUUCUUCUUGCAAAUGGACUAGCAAUAUUAAAUGAGGACCGUUUUCUUGCACCAAGAGGAUGGGGCUUCUCGGAUUUCUCAGUUGGAAGGACAAAAUCGUUCAAAGGCCAGCUUAUAGGUCUCAUUUAUGCAACUCAGUAUAUGAGAGUUCCUCUCAUACUUCUCAAUUCCAUCUUCAUUAUUGUAAAGUUGGUGUCUGGAUGAUGCCUAACAAGUAACAAGGUUCAGGAAUUUUUAUCCCUUGAUUUCAGGAAGG